AUGAAUAAUAAUAAUGUCGUUGUUUUUAGUAGGAUUAAUCAAAAUGAUGAAAGUGAAACAUCUUCUGCUUUACCUGAUCAAGUUGAAUCUUAAGUAGAAUAUUUAAAGACUAAAUUGAAAUUAUACACAUAAACUUUAAAGAGUAGAUAAUUGUAUUUGUAUUAUUAGCUUAGGAAACUUAAAUAAAAUAAUUGAGAUAAGAGAAUGAAAAGUUAAGAUAAUUGAAUGCAGAUUAUGUAAAUUAGAUGAAUCAGAUGGCAUCAGAUAAAUAUUAGAAGAUUGAGAAAAUAGUUGUUACUCAACAAUUUUUUGAAUAAAAAAAUAUAGAUAAGCAAUUAAAGGAUUUUAUAAGAAAGAUGACAUCUAAUUUUGGUGGUCUUGAAAAAAGUCAUGUUAAAUUAAUUGAUCAUUGUAAAGUAAUGGAACAUGAUUUGAAUUAUUAUAAAUAACGAGUUGUAGAUGCAGAAGAAAUAAUAGAGAAUCUUAGAAGUGUUGGUAAAAGUAGUGUUGCAGAAUUAAUGGAUGAAUUAAAAGGACUAUAAAAUUAAGUAGAUGAUCUAACUAAUCAAUUAUAAAAAUCAUAAUUUGAUUUAGCUGUUAAAUAAGGUGAAUUAGAAAGAAAAUAAUAAGAAUUAGAUGAUUAAGUAGCAUAAUGUGAAUCAUUAUUACAUGAAUUAGAUGAUAUAAAAACAAAAUAAAAUAGAAUUCUAAGUGAUAAUAUAGAAUAAUAGAAUAAAGAUGCAAAGAUGGUAAUUCCCCUAUUUAAUAAUUAGAUUUAUUAAUUGAAAUUAAAGAGUGACUUUCUUGAACAUGAACGUAGAUUAGCAUAUUAAGAUGCUUAAUUUGCAAAUUAAGAUAAAAAUAAUAUGUUAGCGUAAUGAAUAAUUAUUAAAUUUAGUAAAUAAUAAAAUAUAGAAACAGAAUUGGAAAUGUUGAGAACUACAACAGAUAAUUUCUUAAAAAAAAAUAAACACAUCUUUAAUUUGGCUGGACUGCCUAAAGUGUAGUUCAAAUGA